AUGACGAUUCUGCUCGAGUCUUUACGCGUGCUUGCCACCUGCUCGUCCGUGCUGCUCAACGUCUCUCCGUGGCCGGAAUUUGCGCGCAUACAUCGCCAACGCACCCCUGGGCCGCUGACUGUAUUGCCGGUUGUCAUGCUCUUCUGCAACUCUUUUUUGUGGACAAUGUACGGCUUCAUGGUCGGCCAGCUCUUCCCGCUCUUCGCCACCUGUUUCUUAGGUCAGUGUACAUGCGCUGGCUUCAUCGCUGUUUACUAUCGCUGGAGUCCAGACCGACCAGCGGUACGUCGAAUCAUUGCAAAGGCGGGCUCCGUCAUGGCGCUCUGCAUGGCCUACGUAAUCCUGGGCGCUCACGGAGUUACGAACCAGUCACGAGAACAGGUGGUUACUACGUUGGCAAUGAUGUGCAUCUCCAUCAACAUUUGCCUCUAUGUGUCACCACUAGAUACCAUGAAACGGGUGGUACAAACCAAAUCGGCAGCGUCGCUGCCCAUUACGCUGUGCUCGGCGAACUUGCUCAACGGGCUCUUGUGGGUGGCGUUCGGCAUCACCGAGGGCGACUUGUACGUGCUUACGCCAAACGCCAUUGGCUCCGUGCUUAGCAUUGUACAGGUGGCGCUCUACUACACUUACUACAGUACGGAAGAGUCUCGCCAGGAAGAGAUGGAGAUCCUGGCUGCUGCAACUGCACUGGAAGCUGUGACUAAGUCCAGAAAUUCUCAGAGAUUAACGACCUCAUAUGGCAGUCUAAACAAAGCCCCGGUGAUAGCAGCGUUUAACCCGCACACUACUUACCACUCGGUCAUUAAUGUGCACGCUGAACAGGAAAAGGAGUCGCUGAUAGCAGUAGCUGCUGCCAGCUAA